CUGAUUUCAGCAAUGUCCGAUGCUGUAAAAAUGGUCGACGCCAGCGCCACUCCUGGAGCUCAGGACGCCCUCACAAGCUCCGCAGCAGGUUCAUCCUGUACGUCAUAUCUGUGUGUCGAUGAAGGUGACAACUCCGACGCGGACCGGUUCCUGGACGUCGUAGUAACCAGCGUCGACUUAGGCCUUCCCAGUAUCACCCAGACCUUCGCGUCGUCUCUCUACACCUCGGACCUCCAUGUUUACACCGUCGAGUUCGUCGUGACCAAAGGCGUUACUUCCUACUGCAUCAAACGGCCGCUAAACACGCUGUUUGACGUGCUCAAAAGCAUCCAAGCGGCGGCUCCGAAGCAAAAUGAUGGAGCCUCUGAACAACCUACGCUGCCGGAAUUCCCGUCUAAGGGUAAUCGCAACGUCUCAGUGGUAGCCCAAUGGUGUGCUCAGAUGACGGCUUACCUAGCCGCCCACCGCUGCGGAAUGUUAGACCUGCAUCCAGACUGGCUGAGUUUUGUAGCUGAACGCGACGAGGACAAAGGCGCUCGAAUGCAUAUGACAGCGGUAGAUUUUAUCUUGCAACCUUUUCCGUUAGAGAAAUUUUAUGUCCCGAGAGGCUCACGGCAUGAGGUCGUGAUGCAAGUGAAGGUCAAAAAGGACGACGAGUCCCCGCAGUUUAUUGUGUGGAAGUUCGAGUUGGAGGAUUUCGACGUGGACUUCAGUGUGUCGUUUGCUCCCGAACCGUACGAGCAACCCGUCGAAAUUGUGCACGCGAGGACGAGAUAUGUGUCGACGACUACAAGUCGUGCUGUUCAGGGUUUGUACCGGUGUCUACGGCCAGGGAAGGCAACGUUAGUGUGGGACAACUCGUAUUCGAGACUGCGAGGGAAGAGUGUUCUGUACCAGGUUCAAGUAGUGAGCAGCAGCAUUAUGGAGUCAGCGACUGCAGCUGCUGAUGCGCUGGAUGAAGCUGUUCAAGCGGAGAAGGCGCGCGAUCAAGAGCGAGAUGCAGCUCUGUCCUCGGCGCUAAUUGUAAGCUCUGGAUCAUCAUCUGACGCAAGCCAGCAGUCGGGGUAUUCUGCCUACAUCCCGGAGGCUAUUGCUCAGCAGAGCUGGCUACUCAGUGCGCCGAUUAACGCAGCGGGGAAUCUGGCUUGGAAAUUAUUUGGGUCGCAGGAAGAAACAGCGGUAGUUCCAUCGUCAAAAGCCCAACGCAGCGGAGGAUCGGACAGUGAGGCUCGUAGUUUGUUGGAAGAGCUGAAUGGGCUCAACAUGCAGCUGAUGGAGCGGAUGGAAAGCUUGGAGGAUAGUGUAGCCAAGUUGACUACAGAACGCGACCAAGAACGGUCGAAGACGCACAUGGCAAUUGUAGAGAAGGAGAAUUUGGCUAAUGAAGUGAAGGCGAGGGAGCAAGAAUUAGCGUCCAUCGCAGGUGAGCUCCAGCGGAUACAGAGGGAACGUGAAGCAUGGCGUGAGAUCCAAGCGGAACGUGAUGCCCUACUGGAAGAAAAACAUCGUUGGGCAAUGACGGAUGACUUUGACGGUGGCGAUGAAGAGACCACCAGCCUGGCAAGUGAAAUGGACUCGACGACCCGCAAUCGACUUGAACAGGAACUUGGUCAGGCUGAAGCAGCAGUGUUACGGUGUCGUGCAGAGUUAGGGUAUCCUUUAAACAACCAUUUGACAGGCACUUCUACCAGAUUGGAAAAAAUUGCAAGGGAAAUGGCCGCGACGAAGCAGCAAUACGAAGAACAAAUGCAGACCUGGGAACAAGAGCGUCUGCAGCUGACUCAACAGCUAGUAAAAGCUCGUGGCCAGAGGCGUGUGCUCGUGACGGAAAUCCGUAACAUGCGCACGCAGACAGAGGGGCAGAUCGCUGUGGCCAUGGCUGAAGCGAACGAGGCGCGCAUGGUGAACAAGCGGUUGAAGAAGCAGAAUGAACUGCUGUUGACGCAGAUCAGGACGCUCAUUAACGAGGCUGAAGAAAAUGAGAAGAAGCUGCAGGAAGUUCGGGACGAGCUGAAGCAGCAACAGCCGCGACAACCAGGAGACUUUGAAGCUCAAUCUAGGGACACAGUAACGGGAAAGGAAGUGAUAAUCUCCACACUGACGCAAGUCCAAGUGAAGCAAGUCGAGAUGAGACAAUAG